AUAUUUUUAAAAUCCCCUGACUCAAACUAAACUCAUCAUUCUAGAGCUAAUCUCUCUCCCUCUCUCGGCGCAGCAAAACGCUCUGUGUCUGUAUACGUCUCUCUCUCUAGAAAGAAUCUAGGGUUCUCAACAGUGAAUCUUCCUCAUCACUUGCUAGGGGGACUAUGUGGGAUAUUCUGUUACUCGCUGAUUAGGAUUAGAUAGAGGGCAUAACAAUAUUUUAGUAAUAUGGCAACUGAGAGCCCGCUUAGAAUGCCCUCCCACAGUGAGGCUGCAACUUUUGCACCGUCAACUCCUAACAUGGCUAUGGAGGACCUAGGAUUGCUCAGGAAGGGUCAAAAGUUCCGUGGCAAUGGGAGAGACACAGCCCCCAAUCGAAGUGGUAGUGCGCCUCCCAGCAUGGAAGGUUCAUUUCUAGCCAUAAAUAACCUCAUUUGCCAGCAGAGCUCUAACUUGGAGAAUUUAAGUAAUGCUCUUCAAAACUCUGAGUCAGAGAAGCAAUCAUAUUUGGCUUUUUAUGAUUCCGAUGUGAACCCAAACCCCAGACUUCCUACACCUCCCAUUGCUAGGGAGAAUCGACAUAUGAGAUGCGAUGUUGGUAGAUUUGGAAAUAAUUGGGGGCUGACUUCAAUAGAUGACAGUGGUGACAAUUCCCUGCAUUUCUCACAAGUUACCCUUUCUACGCACAAGGAAGAGUAUGAAGAUGAUCACUCAUCCCAUCAACCCUUUGAUGAUUUGGUUGACCGGACAAAUGGGUUUUGGUCUGGAGAGGACACCUCUUCAUUGGUAGGCCAAUCCAGAAGCUUGGUUGAUUUAAUUGAGGAAGAUUACCCUUGCACUUCACCUGUACAUAAUCAGUCUCACUCCUUAAGUUCUGGAACAACAGAUGAAGCAGCCGAUCAUGAUGUGGCUUCCAGUUCUUUGCAUAAUCCACCUGUUGGUACAUCAAAUGCUGUGGCAUCAACUCUAGGCGCAGAUAGGGUUGGCUUAUCUUUGAAUGCUGAUCCCUCAACUGCUCCUGUUUCUAGCUUAUCCCCUCUUAAAUGUACAGGAACCACAAAACCCUUACAAACACUUCGUAAAGGAAAUUUAAGAAUUGCAGAUUCUAUCAUCAUUGAAUCUGGAAUGAGAGAUCUUAAUAUAUCUAGCCUUCCAGUUUCCAAAGACCAAAAAUAUCAGCAGCAAAUGCAACACAGCUACCAGGGUAAUGUACUGCAACAUCAAGUACAACAACAACAGAACAACUCAUUUCAAGUUCAAAGUGUCAAGUCUCAAAUGAGUUCUCAAGGACUAAAUUCCACAUACAUUGGCAUGGAUCAGUUUCUACGUGGCCCUUCAAAGUUCUCGGCAGAGGUGCAGCCAGUACUGCAAUCAUCUGGGUUUACGCCUCCUCUUUAUGCAUCUGCUGCAGCUUACAUGACUUCUCCAAACCCAUUUUACUCUAAUCUACAGCCUCCUGGAUUAUAUUCUCCGCAAUAUGGUGUGGGAGGAUAUGCUUUGAGUUCAGCUGCUGUUCCUCCAUUUGUUGCUGGAUAUCCUCCUCAUGGUGCUAUUCCAAUGGUUUUCGAUGGGCCUGCUAGUCCAAACUUUGGUGCCCGCAUGCCUGGGACUUCAACUGGAGGGAGCAUUGCUCAUGGAACUGAUAUGCAACAUUGGAACAAAUUUUAUGGACAGCUUGGAUACCCAACACAAACUCCUUUUACUGAUCCUGCACAUUCACGAUACUAUCAGCAGGUUUAUGGACCUGCGUAUAAUAUUUCUGGUCAAUUUGAUCCUCUGGCUUCUGGAAUUGGGUUUAUUGGGAGCCAAAAUAGUGCUCCUGACACAAAGAAAGGAUCUGAAGUUACUGCUGGCUCAGAUGAGAAGAAAUUGCAUCACCAGAUCAGUGGUGUGAAUGACCUGUACCAAGGUAGAGGGGGGAUAAUUAGUCAUUAUAUUGAGAGCCCAUCAAACAUGGGUAUAUUGAUGCAGUACCCAUCAUCCCCACUUGCUAGUCCAGUUUUGCCAGCAUCCCCUGUUGGGGGAACGGGGAGUUCUGGAGUGAGAAAUGAGCUGAGGUUCCCACCAGGGACUGGUAGAUAUGCAGCUGCAUAUUCUGGAUGGCAAGGUCAAAGAGGAUCAGAAAGUUUUAAUGACACAAAAAUAUAUAAUUUUAUUGAGGAGUUGAAAUCUGGCAAAGGUCGCAGAUUUGAGCUAUCUGAUAUUGCUGGGAAUAUUGUUGAAUUUAGUGCUGAUCAACAUGGGAGUCGAUUUAUUCAGCAGAAGUUAGAGACUUGUAGUCCUGAAGAAAAGGCAUCUGUAUUUAAGGAAGUUCUUCCAUUUGCUCCCAAAUUAAUGACUGAUGUUUUUGGCAAUUAUGUCAUCCAGAAGUUUUUUGAGUAUGGAAGCCCUGAACAAAGAAAGGAACUUGCUAAUCAGCUUACUGGUCAGAUUUUGCCUCUAAGUCUGCAGAUGUAUGGUUGCCGUGUAAUCCAGAAGGCAUUGGAAGUAAUUGAGCUUGAUCAGAAAUCACAACUUGUUCUUGAACUGGAUGGACAUGUUAUGCGUUGUGUACGUGAUCAAAAUGGCAAUCAUGUGAUACAGAAGUGUAUUGAGAGCAUUCCAACAGAGAAAAUUGGCUUCAUAAUUUCUGCAUUUCGUAGUCAUGUUGCAGCACUUUCUAUGCAUCCUUAUGGUUGCCGUGUCAUACAGAGAGUUCUAGAGCGCUGUACAGAUGAGCUGCAAUGUCAGUUUAUAGUUGAUGAGAUUUUGGAUUCUGUCUGUGAACUUGCUCAGGAUCAGUAUGGCAAUUAUGUGACUCAGCAUGUGUUGGAGAGAGGAAAAUCUCAAGAAAGAUGCCAAAUUAUUAGCAAGUUGUCAGGGCAUGUUGUACAACUGAGCCAACAUAAAUUUGCAUCUAAUGUUGUUGAGAAAUGUUUGGAGUAUGGUGGUGCCACUGAACGGGAGCUAAUAAUUGAGGAAAUUCUUGGGCAGAAUGAGGGUAAUGAUAAUUUAUUGGUAAUGAUGAAGGACCAGUUUGCAAAUUAUGUUGUCCAGAAGAUUCUUGAUACAUGUACUGAUACACAGCGAGAAAUGUUGCUUAAUCGCAUAAAAACACAUGUGCAUGCUCUGAAGAAAUAUACUUACGGGAAGCACAUUGUUGCUCGGUUUGAACAGCAAUUUGGAGAAGAGAAUCAAACAUCUUGAUCGUGAUUCAUACAUUGGGAAUCAUCUUUAGAGGCAUCUGAAUGUGUCGCAACGAGAUUUCGCCGGACAUCUGAAAGAGAAUGGGUUAAGACAGAUGGAAUGAAGCCGUGCAGUGUCCUUCAACGUGAUUGUGUUAUGAUACGAUUGCUUCAGCUUCCACCAUUAGUAACAAUAGAAUGAUGCUGUAAGAUUGGUAAAUAUGUGUGCCUUAAAAGGGAUUGCUUUUACAUUUCAUAGCUCAGUAAUCCAAAUAUUUAAAAAUUAAAAAAAAAAGAGUAAUUUUAGGAGUAUAGAUUGCAGCAAAUCCAAAAGGGAAUUAUUUGGAAGGAAAAGAUUGUUGAUGGCUGAUGUUGUAAAAUUAUUUACUAGAUUUGUUUGGCUGAUUUCUGUUUA